GUCGAAUAAAAAAGUGUGUGAAGGACAGCGAGCGGAGGAAGAGUGGGGAGAAAAGCGGAGACGGCGAAGAAACAGUUCCCCCACUCCCCUUAUAAUUACCAUGAUUAUUAUUGAUAUGCUUUUCUAAUAGCAACUGCGGUUGGGACGGAUAUGGUGGAAAUUAUAAACCUUUUUUUAAUUUGCUCCUGCAAUUCUUGUUUUUCUGCGGGUUCCAGUGGAGGGGUCUUCUUCAAAUUGUUCUUUUUGAUUGAUAGAAGCUGCUUGGUCCUGCCAUGAUCUGUGAAGAUAUUGACAUGUGAAGAGCGGGAAGAAAUAGUGGGAAUCGGGGCAUAUGGUGUAAUGGUAAUGGCGAAGGGGAGGGGAGCAGGAGCAGGAGCAGGAGCAGGCUCAGGCUCAGUCUCCAGCGAUGUGCAGCAGGCGGCGAAGAAGAAGGUGGCAUCGAGAAGCUGGGCUCUUCUGGACUGCAAUGGGGAGACCAAAUUGCUGGAUGCGGACAAGUAUUCCAUAAUGCACCGCCUUCGUAUCCAUGCAAGAGAUCUCCGCAUUCUCGAUCCUCUUUUGUCAUACCCCUCUACUAUUCUCGGCCGCGAGCGGGCCAUUGUUCUCAAUUUAGAGCAUAUCAAGGCAAUUAUCACCGCAGAAGAGGUCCUUCUGCGCAACCCUGGGGAUGAGUACGUCAUUCCAAUAUUUGAAGAGAUGUGCAGACGUUUACCCAAGGUAAGCAACGGUCACAGGGAAGACCUUCUGGGAGAUGGAAGACAGCAAUCAAAUGUACAGCAGGAAUGCGCAGAUGCCGGGGAAGACGAGUCACCAUUUGAAUUUCGUGCUCUUGAGGUGGCUUUAGAGGCUAUCUGUAGUUUUUUGGAUGCUCGCACCACAGAAUUAGAGACUGCUGCAUAUCCAGCUUUAGACGAACUCACAUCUAAGAUUAGUAGUCGUAAUUUGGACCGUGUUCGUAAACUUAAGAGUGCUAUGACAAGGUUGACAGCACGUGUUCAAAAGGUAAGAGAUGAACUUGAACAACUUUUGGAUGAUGAUGAUGACAUGGCUGACCUUUACUUAUCAAGAAAGUUAGUUGGGUCAUCUUCACCAGUUGGUGGGUCUAUUGCUCCCAACUGGGCUCCAGUUUCUCCUACUAUAGCUUCAAGGAUUGGCCGAGCUAGCAGGACAAGUGCUACAACAAUCCACGGGAACGAGAAUGACGUUGAAGAGCUUGAGAUGUUGUUGGAGGCUUAUUUCAUGCAAGUUGAUGGCACACUGAACAAGCUGACCACACUCCGUGAGUAUAUAGAUGACACAGAAGACUACAUCAAUAUUCAGCUUGACAAUCAUCGUAAUCAGCUCAUCCAGCUAGAAUUGGUGCUAAGUUCAGCAACAGUUGUGGUUUCUAUUUACUCGUUGGUGGCUGGAAUUUUUGGAGUGAAUAUUCCAUAUCCAUGGAACAACAAUCAUGGAUAUAUGUUCAAAUGGGUGGUUCUUCUUACAGGGAUUUUUUGUGCCGCAAUGUUCUCAUUGAUAAUGAGUUAUGCUCGUUACAAAGGUUUAAUUGGAACCUGAUAUGAGGCAUAUAAAAAUUUGAAGAGGGGGUAUAUUGAUUUUAAAAACACAGGCAAAGCCUGGGUGAUUAUUGGAAUGGCUUGGCGUUGCCUUCUGUAUCGUCCAACUGAUAAUGCCCAAAAUCAAAAUCAAAGAUGUAGACCAAAUAACAAAAUUAAAUGGCCAAUAUCCUUAUAAACAUGGAUUAAGUUGUCCAUAUAGCAUUCUUGGUCCACAAUGAAGGAUUAGCAUUAGUUUACUGGUGAUUGUUUUCGAAAGAAUCAGAGAACAGCCCCUUAUUCAAGUACCAAUUGAGUUUCUCAUAGCGGGAAAGGAAUUUCAGCCGAAUUAUUUACAUCUCUAUUGGUUAUUCUUUUCCAUUGUUUUAAUUCAAGAUUUGCCCUUGAUGGAGCAUCAUCUGCAUUGAUUCAUGUAUAUGAGUUCAUGUCUAUUCUAUAAAUGAUUUAUUCGACAUGA